AGAGCAGUCAAGUGCACGCGCAAAAUCCAGGACAGGGACACAGUUUACGUGCGUAUUUGGACACAGUCUGUCCCCUCUCUCCUCCGCGUCCUUGGAGAAGUUGAAAAACAAAAACAAUUGAUCCACAACAAUGAGAACUUAUCCGGUGAGUUUCAGCAUUUAAAGUAGAUAGAGUAGUUUGUUCAGCAGUGUUAUACAAACAUUUGAAUCGUUUCUUCUAUAUCCUUUUUUUUUUCUUUUUGCUUUUGGGGACAGACGGAAAAACUGGCAAACUGGCCGUCAUGUGGGAUUGAUUGCAAGGGAGUAUGUUUGGGCUGGAGCAGUUUGGUUCUCAGAUUAAUAGCAGAAACCCUGGCCAGUCAGAGAGAAACAUAAACCAACCUAGAUUGAACAUGGGCUCCCAUUAUAAAAGCCCAGGUUUUCAUGCUGGAGGCCCGCCGGGAGCCGUGGAACCCGGCAUGGGCCCUCUGAGCGAGCCGCAAAUGCUCGGGCUCAAUAUGAACAUGAACGGAGAGCAGUACGGGGGCUUUCACCCGCGGGGCCACUCGGACAUGCAUGCGGGCGGCGGACUUCAGCAGCAGCAGCAGCAGCAGCAAGGACCCAUGCAUGGAUUUUUUAACAACCAGCAACCUCAUCAAGGACACCCCCACGGCCAUCAACCUCACCCCCACCAACAUCACCCUCAUUUCAGUGGGAAUUUUGGCGGCCCGGAGCCAGGGUCAUCAUGCCUGCAUGGUGGCAGGCUAAUGGGCUACAACAACAAUGGCAUGGGACCACAGCAGGGCUUUGGAGAAGGAUUUGAUCCUCUCGCUGAGGGACAGGCAGGGGAUGGCUUUCCCCAGCAGCAGCAGCAGCAGCAGCAGCGGCCUGGUAAUAUGCCUGACUUUCAACAUCACGGGCCUCCCAGUGGCAGCCACGCUGUCCCUGCCCCCUGUCUACCCCUUGACCAGUCGCCUAACAGAGCAGCAUCCUUCCAUGGCCUCCCUUCCUCUUCAUCCUCCUCCUCUGAGUCUCAUGGGCUGGAGCCUCGGCGGAUGCCAAACCAGGGAGCUGUAGAGGGAUUAGAGUAUAACUUCCCCAGUGAGCCACCAUCUGGACAUUUUGAUGUACCUGUUUUUUCCCCAUCAGAAUCAGAAUCUCAGUUACCACAUUUUGGGCCAGGAAGGCCAGUUCCCAGCGGAAAUUUCCCAGGGAACCCUGGCAUGCCACGGACACCAGGUAUGCAGGGCAUCUCUAAGGGACACCAGCCACCACCACAGCCCCAGCAGCCUCAGCAUGGAGUGUUUUUUGAGCGGUUUGGAAAUGGCCGGAAGGUGCCCGUGGGAAUGGAGCCGGGGGUCAAUGCGAGGCAUCCUCUCAUGCAGCAGCAACAACAGGCUAGCUUGAUAGCCAGACAGAACUCAUGCCCCCCUGGCCUCCCCCGACCCCCUCAGGCUGAGCCCGGCUCUACUAACCCUAACAUUCUGGACGGAGGGGUCAUGAUGCCUGGCCAACACAACCAGUUUGAAUAUCCCAUUCACAGACUGGAAAAUAGGGGUCUGCACCCCUAUGGGGACCCCAUGUUUAAUAUGCAACAGCCAGCUCCUCCUCCCUCUCAACAGCCUCCAAAUCAGAGGCUGCAACACUUUGACUCUCCUUAUAUGAACAUGGCGAAAAGGCCUAGAUUUGACUUUCCUAAUGCGCAUGGGGGUGAAGGCUGGUGUGGUGGUAUGGAUAACCACCUCUCUCCCUCUGCCUACCCCGGCCUGCCUGGAGAGUUCACCCCACCUGUGAGUGAAGGUUUCCCACCAGGUCCCCUGCAGCAUCCGGGGCCUGAGCAGCAGUCUCUGCAGCAGCGCCAGAACGCAGCAAUGAUGAUAAAACAGAUGGCCUCUCGCAACCAGCAGCAGAGGAUGAGACAGCCCAGUCUGCAGCAGCUGGGUCACCACGGCGAUGUACCUCCUGGCCCAAUGGCUCACGGAGGCCCAGUCGGGAGCAUGCCUCAGCCCAACUUUGACAGGGAGAAUGGUGGCAGGAUGCCCAACAUUGAUGGACAAAAUCCUCAUGUCACUCAGGAGAACUCCUGGUUCCAGGGGUCCCACCCACCGGGGGAGAUGAUGUCACGGCGUAUGGGUGGAGCGGGUAAUGAAUCGGGGCCCCAUGACAUGGGGCUACAGCAGAACGGGGCUGGGAUGAUGUUUAGGCCAGGCAUGGGCAUGCAGGAGCCCAUGAGAAUACCAGGAGAUGGGCAUGUGCAGGCUCUCCACUCUCCGGGCAUGCACUCACAGUUCAGCGGCAACAUGGGCAACCUCUCACAAAUGCAGUCUCCAGGAGCAGGAACAGGGCAUCCGAAUGCACCAGCAGAGAGGCGGCCAGCUGACUUCCCUGCACCUCCAAUGGGAGCACAGCCAACGUUUCCCUAUGGAGGGGCUAACCGUCAGGGGCCAGCCCACAGCGCUCCCCAGGGGGUGAGCACCUCACCGGGGAGCUACCCUCCUCAGUCUGAGUUCCCCUCAGGCCAGCGGUCGUCUGUUAGUAAGCUUGGAGCUCUGUCCCUCGGGAACUUCAGCAAAACCAGCACUAAAGACAGUGUUUUCGGCCAGAGCUGUCUGGCGGCCCUUUCCACGGCCUGCCAGAACAUGAUCGCUAGCCUAGGGGCCCCCAAUCUUAACGUAACAUUCAACAAGAAGAACCAAAAUGAGGGCAAGCGAAAACUGAGUCAGACAGAGCAGGACAUUAAUAGCAGCACAUCUAAUGGGACUGGCAGUGCUGGUCCUGAAUAUUUUCAGAGCAGCACUUCCCAGAACAGCCAGAUGCCUGGCACCGGGAAUAGCAACUCUAAGCCUGCAAGUCAAAGCCAGACGGUGCAGGGGGAAGCCAGUGCCCUCUCCCCAAAUUACAACAUGGACGCUACCCCAUGCAGUGAGGGGAAGGCAACAACAGGGAGUGGGAGAGGGAGAGGGAGGAGAAAAAGAGACAGUGGACAUGUGAGCCCUGGAAUUUUUUUUUCCUCUGACAAUGGUAACCCUGUUGUAAGUCCAGGCCAGCAGACCCCCUCGGCUGGCGUUGGGGAGAGGGGUGGGGGCACGCCCCAUGAGAAACACCUCCAAUCACCCUCUUGGGGAAAAGGAGGCGACCUAAUGUUGGGGGACCAGGCUGACCUGAUGUCUUCUUUGGACAGUGGCAUUCAAAGUGUCGCCAAGUCUGACAGUAGCUCACCACGAGUGGACUUUCCAGACGAUGUCAGCACCCACUAUGGCAACGAGGAUGAGGUGUCCUCCAGCUCAGAUGCAGGAGGGGCCUCGGCCACCAAGCCUAACCGCAGCCCUAUGAUCACAGGCUCACCCAAAAUGCAGAGGAGUGACCAUGGGCUGAUAAAUGGACAGAAGCCCCUAGGCAUGGGCAUUAACAAUCAUACUACCUCGACACCAGACAGCUACGGACUGAAUGCUGGUGGGGGCACAGGGGCCAGUGGGGUGAGCCACCCGGGCACUCCUGGGGUGGAGCAGGUACGCACCCCAUCCAGCACCUCCGGCCAGGAAGAAAUCCAUCCUCUGGAGAUUCUGCAGGCCCAGAUCCAGCUACAGCGGCAACAAUUCAGCAUCUCUGAGGACCAGCCCCUGGCCAUGAAGAAUGGCAAAAAGAAUGGCGACUGUCCCUCUCAGAACGGAGACAAUGAGCUGGCGAGCUGCAGCCCGGAUGCUGGGAAGGGCUCAAUGGGCACUAUUGACCUUGACACCCUCAUGGCAGAGCAGCACGCCACCUGGUACGUGCCCAGUGACAAGGCCAUGAUGGAUGGGUCAGAGGAUGACAAGGCCAUGGGACCCUGGGAAAAAAAUAAGAGCCAAAACAACAGUAAAGAAGAAUCUGAGCUGUCCCAGAGUAAGGCUGGAGCUGGGGCCCCGGGGGCCGGAGGAGGAGGAGGAGGAGGAGGAGGAGGAGGAGGUGGAGGUGGAGGUGGAGGUGGGAGCAGUGGAGGGAACCACCUGCAGUGCCUGUCUGUCCACUGCACAGAUGAGCUGGGGGACAGUAAGGGCAGAGGGGGGCCCGUCUCGUCCUGGCGCUCUCUCCACUCUGAUAUCUCCAACCGAUUUGGAACAUUCGUGGCGGCACUGACUUGAACAAAAAAAGCAGGCCCAGCAGGAAGAAGGACAGAAGAUUACAAAAUAAGAGGAAGGAAAGAUUAAGAGACAAAUAAUGAUGAUGAGGAUGAUGACGAUAAGGUGUCGAUAAGGCUACUGCGAGCAGCUCUUGCCUGUUCAGGGAGAGAAAGACAUUUACACUCAUAAAUGCAAACAUGAAAACAGACACAC